CAGGACUUUAGGCGAUGCAUCAUCGGCUUGCGACGGGAUGAAAGAAGAAAAUCUGGACUUAAGUCUAGUCACGUGCCGGAGGCACUAACGUGUCACUCAUUGGGUGGCAAGGGUCAUAGCCUGGCGGAGUGGGUCGCCCCUGUGCACCAGCCACAAUCAGGACUUAUCCCCCCUUCUGUGAGUGGAUGGAUAUUUUGUUGCUGAAUGGUGAAACCGUAUCGUACACCACACAAACUCCCGAUUUCAACCCACUAAAUUAGAGCAGCGGCAUGAUCUCAUCUCAGAAGAGAGCUGAUCGGAAAAACGUGACCCUAACACAGCAAACGGGACUUAAUGGACUGGAGUGACUGGAGUGACAGCGGGGACGGUAUGCUUGCACAAAGUCUCGGAUCCAAGUGACAGCUGCAGGUACUCUCGCAAGAACGGGACUUGCAAGAAACGAUGCCUUAGAAAAUAUAACAAAUGGGACUUAAUGUGUCAUAAUCAGAGAAUGUCGAAUUUAGGACUUUACAACGGCAGUGUACUUUAAGACGAUAGUGAUCCUCCCACCUGAGCUCAAAUGUAGUCUCGGAAAAGCACUGCACAACUCUAUUCGCUGACACUCGCUCACCGCUCUACUAUACGAUUUCUAAGAUUCCAACCAUGAUCGGCACCUUGCUCUGCUGUUCAAAAAUGGCUGAGAUCUCCGCACCACCACCUCCACCACCUAACGGCCUCAUCCUUCGCCUAUGCACCUCCCGACCUCGAAUGUGGGCCAACGGCACCAUAAUUCGGGUAGGGUUCUUGAGCGGCAGCGUGGCUAUGAGAGAAAAAGUGAUACAAUAUGCAUCCGAGUGGUUCGAACACGCCAACCUGCACCUAGUCCUCGUUAAUAUCCAUGAAGCUGAUGUCCGCAUCGCCUUCACGCCAGGCCAAGGGCAUUGGUCGCUUGUCGGCACUGAUUGCCACAACGAGCGAGGCCACCAACAGCCAACAAUGAACCUGCACUUGAACGAUUGGACCCCGGGGCGUGUUUUCAAGCGGACGGUUCUGCAUGAGUUUGGGCACGUCCUUGGCUUUCUACACGAGCACCAGAGUCCCGUGAUGGGCAUCAAAUGGAAUAGGCCAGCGGUGCUCGCUUACUACCGCAAGAUAGGGUGGAAAGAUACCGAUGUGGAGGAGAAUGUGUUCAAGCAGUAUGACCAUGAUAUGAGCCAGUCUUCGAGAUUCGAUAGGCUCUCGAUCAUGCUUUAUGCUAUCCCAUCGGAUUUUACUAAUGAUGGCUUCUCGGUUGGCUGGAACGAUAAGCUUUCUGCGAUGGACAAGGACUUCGCCGCCAAAGCUUAUCCGAAGCAGCCUAGGGUAUUCUUCCCUUGUUAAAUUUAAAUGGUCUUGGGGAGAGCGGGCAUGAGGCUGUCGUCCAGCUGCUGAUCGACAGUGGCGCUUAAGUGGAUACAAAAGAUGACCUUAGCCAGACGCCGCUUUCGCAGGCAGCAGAGAGCGGGCAUAAGGUGGUUGAAUAACUAUUACUUAAGCGAGGAUCUUUGUUGAUAGAAGAUAUAUAGGUUAUGGCCCUUUGGCGCUAUUUUUCCCACCCAC